UGGGCAUUGAAACUUUCCACUCGCUCCUUAUUUAUUUAUUUAUUCAUCACAUUUAUGAAGUGACUCUGGCAGCAGAGUUUAACCAUCAUCAUCCUGGCAUCCUGAAAAUUGCUCCACCGAGACAUGGCUGCUCCUUCCUCAGCUCCUCCACCGUCUUACGAAGAAUCGACCAGCACCAGUAAUCCAGUGCCGUUUCCCUACCCGCCUGCAGGGGGAAUUCCUGCGAAGGGGGCACCGGCCGCUUACCCAGCCCAGCCCCAGCCUCCGUUCCUAGCCCAGCCCUAUGGCAUGCAACCCCAGCCGGCCCCAGCGAUACCUCCAGUGCCCCUACAAACUGUCUACAUCCCGGGGCCCCUCAUCUUCCUGGAGCACCCCAUGCAAAUCUGCUGCCCUGCCUGCAACCAGGUGAUUGUGACCCGCAUCUCGUACCAGCCCGGAGCUCUGGCCUGGCUCUCUUGUGGUGGCCUCGCCCUGCUGGGGUGCUGGCUGGGCUGCUGCCUGAUCCCCUUCUGCGUAGACGCCAUGCAGGACGUCCAGCACUUCUGCCCCUGCUGCAACGCCUUCCUGGGCGUCCACAAGCGCCUCUGAGUGGGUCUGGGCCCCCGUGCCAGGAAGGCAAAGCCUCCUUCGCUUCGCCAUGCGGGGCCCGUGCAGCCUCUCCUCAAGACUUUGGAGCAACACAGACCGCCUCUCGAGCCUUUGCCCCCAACCUCGGCCUGCCGCAGCCUGCACAGAGGCCCAUGGGAGGAGCAAAACGACCCUGCGGAGGCUGCCCCUCUGGGCCCAGCCUCCUCUGCAGGGGGAGCUUGCGGCAGCACCUACAGAGGCUGAUGGCAGGACACUUCCAGGGUUUGACCCAAGCCCUGCAGGGCUCCCACCCUUUGCCUCUGGGCACACGCCAAGUAAUGGAGCCACCGAUGUGGGCGGCAGGAGGGCCUGCUGCGAUGCCAGGGCUGGGUGUUCCCUUCAGUCUCAGUGUUUGCCCCAGCCCUCCAAGGGGGAAGAGAGGCCCUGCGGCUGCCGUGGAAAGCACAGCGGGUGCUGCUGGCCCAGGGCAGCCUGACCGAGGCUCAGCUUUGUCCUCGGGGGCUCAAGGGGGCUUCCUGCGGCCAGGGAGCAGGGCCUUUGGUCCUGGGGAUUAGUAGGGGGGGGGGAGAGCAAAGUAGCUGGAGAGGGAGGCGAAUCUCUGGAGCACUUUAAAGAUGUUGGCUCUGCAAGUCCAACUUUAUUCUGAUUUGCUUCCAAACGUUAGUCCUGACUUUUUCAGCUUUUGAAAUAAAACUGCCUUGCAAAAAGAAAGCGCUGCAGGCGACCCUAGUUUUUCCGAAGGGAGAGACCUGGCCCAGCCCACCUUGUCGUGGGGAAAAAGCGAGGCUGGC